AUACCGAGGUCACUGAAUGAGGUUAAAGAUCUGAAUUGCCUGGUGCCGGUUCUGUACUAUAGGUCCGAGUAUCUUGCGGAGUUCGGACACAGCCGGACUUCAAGUUGAGCUACGAUCGUCACAUGGGUGGGAGUCAUAUAUACUAGACACGUUCCCAUGCUUAGGCCACGGUCCGGCUCCUUGGCUAUCAAAUCUCGCAGUGACCGGAAACGGUUGGCACUUCGAAAUCGGCGUUAAGGCGUUCAUCCGCUGGAUGGGGAGGCCGAAUAGGGGCGGCCCCUACCCCACUUUUGCCCAUCGAAAAGAACCUACUUUGCAGGCGAUAAAGAUGUUUUUGCUCGCUCUACAACUAUAAGAAGCCUCCAGUGGUGGAUAGAUAGAGAAUAUAUCGGCGGAUUAGCGAGUUAGAAAGGCACGCAACUUUGUAUGAGGAGGAGAAGGAUGGGCGCCGUUCCCCAGCAGCUGAUCGGAGACCGAAGGAUCAAUACUAACGUCCAAAUGAGCAAGGACGCCGGCCAUGGCGCUGUCCUGGAGGAGAUCGAGGGGCUCAUCAAGGUCUACAAGGACGGCUACGUCGAACGCCUCCCUGCUGUGCCCCAUGUCCCAUGCACUUGGGCCUGCGAGCCCGGCGUGACGAGCGAGGACGUCGCCCUCGCCGGUUCUUCCACCGACCUCUGGGCCCGCCUCCACAUGCCUGUCCACCGCCAUCAGAGGUUCCCUCUUCUCGUUUACUUCCACGGCGGCGGCUUCUGCGUCGGCUCCCCCGCCUGGCGCUGCUACCACGAGUUCCUUGCCCGCCUGACCUCUCACGCAGCCUGCUCGGUGCUCUCCAUUAAUUACCGCCUCGCGCCCGAGCACCGCCUCCCUGCGGCCUUGGAGGACGGCCUCGCAGCACUGCGCUGGGUGAGGCAGCAAGCGGCCGGCGUCCGCUUCGACUUCGGCCGCGUGUUCCUUGCCGGGGACAGCGCCGGCGCAGCCAUCGCAUACCACGUGGCGGCAGCCGUGGGGGCGGAGGCAGCGGCGGCGCUACGGCCGGCUUGCCUCAAGGGCGUGAUCCUGAUUCAGCCUUUCUUCGGCGGUGUGGAACGGACUUGGUCGGAGAAGAACCUAGCGCAGGCGGCGGAUAGGUCAGCGCUGAGCCUUGCGGCAUCGGACUGCUACUGGCGGAUGGCGCUACCUCCGGGAGCGAACCAGGACCACCCAUGGUGCAACCCGCUGGCGAAGGGCGCACCCCCGUUGGAGGGCAUGCGCCUGCCGCCUCUGCUGGUCUGCGUCUCCGAGUUGGACAUACUGAGGGAUAGGAACUUGGCGUUCUGCAAGGCCUUGCGGAACGCCGGCAAAGGCGUGGAGCAUAAGACCUACUCCGGCGUUGGCCACGCUUUCCAGAUCCUCCAUAAUUACCACAUGUCUCGAGUCCGGACGAACGAGAUGUUAAUCCACAUCAAAGCCUUCAUUACCAACAUUAGAUAAAAUUAAUAGUAAGGUUCGUCUAAUAGAAUUGAUAUAUCUAGUAUUGACCAAGGCCUACAGAUGUUGGAUGUUUAUCUAAUCCCUCUCAUUUGGGGCAUCUGAAAAUAUGCAAGCUUUUGGUUAUUGGAAUGUAUCUUACUCUUUGGAACACAUUUAUCAUAC